AUGACCUGGUUUGAUUUUUUUAGUUGUUCAGCAUUUUCUUGCGCAUUCAGAAUUUCUUUGGGUACGGUCAGAGAAGAAGAUACCUUAAAUAUUCUCCUCGAGUUUGUUCCGGGUGGAUCCAUAUCUUCACUGUUGGGGAAGCUUGGAGCUUUCCCUGAGGCUGUCAUAAGAACUUAUACGAAGCAAAUAUUGCUUGGACUCGAGUACUUGUACAAAAAUGGAAUCAUGCAUAGGGACAUUAAGGGGGCCAAUAUUCUUGUAGAUAAUAAAGGAUGCAUAAAACUUGCAGAUUUUGGAGCAUCCAAACAGGUCGUUGAGCUGGCUACCAUGUCUGGUGCCAAGUCGAUGAAGGGUACACCAUAUUGGAUGGCUCCCGAAGUUAUUCUCCAGACUGGGCAUAGCUUCUCUGCUGCCAUAUGGAAUGUGGGUUGUACCGUAAUUGAGAUGGCCACAGGAAAGCCUCCUUGGAACCAGCAAUACCAGCAAGAGGUUGCUGCUCUCUUCCAUAUAGGGACAACUAAGUCUCAUCCACCUAUCCCUGAUCAUCUCUCUGCUGUAGCAAAAGAUUUUCUUCUAAAGUGCUUGCAGAAGGAACCAAUCUUGAGGCUAUCAGCAUCAGAACUGCUUCAGGUGAUUCUAUGA